ACCGGUAUACACUAUUGAAUUGAUUGAUAUUGGGCUCAGUACAUUAGUAUACUUCAUUCAUAUGAGAACAAAUAUGAGGCUCCUUGCUUUGUACACCUUGCUAGUGACCAUUGGUAUUACAACUAGCCAAAAACAAUUCCCGGAAGAUUUUAAAUUUGGCGUUGGAACUUCUGCCUACCAAAUUGAAGGAGCCUGGAACGAGGAUGGCAAAGGAGAAUCCAUUUGGGAUCAUUUAGUUCACAAUCAUCCGGAGAAAAUUGCAGAUGGAACAAACGGUGAUGUAGCAUGCAACAGUUAUCACUUGUGGCGUCGUGACGUCGAAAUGCUAAAGCAAUUGGGUGUCGACAUCUAUCGUUUCUCGAUUGCAUGGACUCGAAUUAUGCCAACUGGAAUCAAAAAUGAAAUCAACCCCGCUGGUGUCGAGUACUAUAACAAUCUAAUCAACGCUCUGCUAGAAAACAAUAUAACACCGUUGGUAGUGCUCUAUCACUGGGAUCUACCACAACGACUCCAACAGCUUGGAGGAUGGACGAAUCGCGAAGUUGUUGGGCACUUCAAAGAAUACGCCCGAUAUAUGUUCACCACAUUCGGCGACCGUGUUAAAUGGUGGACUACGUUUAAUGAACCACUACAAACAUGCCGCCAGUCGUACGAAUGGGAUGCUAUGGCACCAGGGUACAAUUUCCCCGGUAUUCCAAGCUACCUUUGCACACACAAUUUGCUUCUAGCCCAUGCCGAAGCUGUUGAAGUCUACCGAAACGAGUUUCAAGAGGCUCAAGGAGGAAACAUUGGAAUCACCGUGGAUGUUGCAUGGGCAGAACCACGAAGUAAUUCAACCGACGAUCUUGAAGCUUCAGAAACAAAUAUGCAAUUUUUUAUCGGUUGGUACAUGCAUCCAAUCUACUCGACAAAUGGUAACUACCCGCAGGUCAUGAUUGACCGCAUUGAUCAGCUAAGUCAACAGCAAGGUUUUUCAAAAUCACGUCUACCGGUAUUCUCCAGCGAGGAGAUCAAUAAGUUAAAGGGUUCGUCUGAUUUCUUUGGAAUCAAUACUUACACAACAUAUCUAGUCUACAAGAAUGACGAUGAAAAUACAGCCAACUUCCCACAGCCGUCAUUCGAUCACGACCGGGGUGUCGUCGAAUAUCAGGAUGAAAACUGGCCCGAAACCGGUUCCAGCUGGUUUCGUGUGUAUCCCAAAGGAAUCUACAGUAUACUGAUGUGGAUUAGUAAUGAAUACAAUAAUCCCGAAGUGUAUGUGACGGAGAACGGAUAUAGUGAUCGAGGUGGCACCCGAGACGAAGACCGUGUGCAGUACUUCAAAGAUUACAUGAAUGCCGUGAUCGAUGCCAUUGAUGAAGGAUGCAACGUCAAGGGCUAUGUUGCUUGGAGUUUGAUGGACAACUUCGAGUGGCGUGCUGGAUUAACCGAGCGGUUUGGUCUUUACUAUGUAGACUACCAAAGUCCCAAUCUAACCAGAGUGCAGAAAUCGUCGGGUAAAUUUUUCGCCGAAGUAGUAAAGACUAAAAUCGUUGACAUGGAUCUCAUGCCAGACCCAGAAGACUACGAACCUGAUGAUCCAGGUAUGGCCUCGAUUACAAUACCGAUGGUUUCGCUGAUUACAGCUUUGCUGGUGGCAAUUUUAAGAAAUCUGUUCUAGUCAUUGGUUGAACAUCCGCAAUUCAAUCACUACAUUGUUAAUAUAUUGUACCAGAUUUAAAUCAAGCAAUUACUGUACAUAAUAAUAAUACACAAAGUUAAUAAAAAAAAGAUUUUAGACAUA